CAGCGGGGCGCGCCGCUCCCGGCAUGCAUCGCGCGGCGGCGGCGGGCGGGGCUCGCGGUGGCGCAAGAUGGCGGACUACGAGGAGCAGAUCUCGGAGCAGGACAAGGUGCGGAUUGCGGCCAACUUCAUCAAACAUGCACCUCCGGGGGAGUUUAACGAGGUGUUCAACGAUGUGCGAUUGCUGCUCAACAAUGACAACCUCCUCAGGGAAGGAGUGUCACAUGCCUUUGCCGACUACAACAUGGAUCAGUUCACGCCUGUAAAGGUUCAGGGAAUUGAAGACCAGGUACUGAUCACAGAGCACGGUGACAUUGGCGGUGGCCAUUAUUUGGACCCACGCACCAAGCAGUCCUUCAAGUAUGACCAUCUACGAAAGGAAGCGUCGGACAUCUCGUCGUGGGACGGCGCCAUGGUGAUGGAGUCCUGGAGGUCCAACGUGGACAACGCACUGCAGGCCUACGUCAAGGAGCACUACCCAAACGGCGUGAGCACGGUGUACGGGAAGAAUAUCGAUGGACAGCCCACAAUCAUAGCCUGCAUCGAAAGCCAUCAGUUCCAGCCCAAGAACUUCUGGAACGGGCGCUGGAGAUCCGAAUGGAAGUUCACAGUGUCCCAGCCCACAGCACAGGUGGUCGGCAUCCUUAAGAUCCAGGUCCAUUACUACGAGGAUGGAAAUGUGCAGCUGGUGAGCCACAAGGAUGUGCAGGAGUCCAUGUCCUGUAAUAAUGAAUCUCAAGCUGCCAAGGCAUUCAUCAAAAUUAUCGAAGAUGCUGAGAAUGAGUAUCAGACGGCGAUCUCGGAAAACUAUCAGACGAUGUCGGACACAACCUUUAAGGCUCUUCGCCGCCAAUUGCCAGUCACCCGAACCAAGAUCGACUGGAACAAAAUCCUGAGCUACAAGAUUGGCAAGGAGAUGCAGAGUGCUUAGGCAGGAGUUGCAUGCUUGCUUUUAAUAUGCUCUGUCCUCAUGGUAUGGUCUCCUGCCCGGCAUAACCACAGUGUAUUUUGCAUUACGUUGGUUGUUUCCUGGACUGAGCAUUUGGGAUUUUGGUCUUCACUGUAAAAUGUAUAUGUCAACAUUAUCAGAAUUAAAAUUUAGUUUCAUUUUUGUCUCGUACCUGUUUUUUUUCUUGGUUUGAUGGCUCUUAGGGUAACUGCAUGAUUAAAAAAUUGAGUUGAUUGCUUCCUUUUUGGAUGUGUAAAAUAAGUGAUGGGUGAAACGAGACCAUACCUUUGUUUCGAUGGCAAGAUGUGGCACACAAUUUAUGAAGACCUGGGGAGCUGAAACUUGUUUUGUCACUUGGGACGUUGUCUCAUGUAAAACAAGCUUUACUGUAGAAGCCCCUUCCAUGCAUUUAAGUUUAUUUCAACAAUCUUUAAUGUAUUUCAAAAAUGUGUUUGUUUUACGAGUGUAAAGAAGCAGAUCUUAUAAUUUACACAUUAUGUUUGUCAUACUUGCAAUAAUGAAUUUCCCCUCAUUUAACAACUUGUCCUAAUAAAUUGCAUAUUUGCUUUCAUAUAUGAAAGAGAUGCUAUGUGUAUUUUGUUUAAUUUGUAUGCUUCCAUGUUAUCUUGUGCCAGAUGCCUGCAUCACAGUCCAGUGCUGGUAGCUGCUGUGCUACCAUGCACAAAGCAAACUUCACUGCCCACCUGUAAUAUUGUUGGAAAACAUACUUUGCAAAUUGUAUUACUAACAAAAAAAAACUAAUAAAAAAACUGCUUUAUUCAUACAAUAUCCAACUCUUAGGACAAUUGUUCCUUGUUCAGAUUUCUGUUCUGCACGUGCCGUUGCAUUUCUAGCAAGAUUUACGAGCAUAUUUAAGGGUACGUUAUGAAAAAAAAGCAAGCUGGAUGGAUACCAAUCCUUUAUAACUUUUUUGUUGUAAUUUCCUGAGGUAAACGGCCUUUCUUAUUCCCACAAUUAAAUUGGUAUUUUGAGUGCUCCCCUUGAAUAA